AAACAAUCGUUAGGUCCAAAUCAUGUUGAUGUUGCUGGGUCUUUAAACAAUCUUGGUAAUGUGCUUGAAAAAACUGUAAACUACGACAAAGCUAGAGAGUUUUACAAAAAAGCUCUGGAAAUUCGAAAACAAACCUUUGGUCCAAAUCAUAAUGAUGUCGCUGCAUCUUUAAAAAAUCUCGGUUUGCUUUAUGAUAAAACAGGAAAACACGACAAAGCUAAAAAAUUUUUUGAAAAAUCUGUAGAAGUUCGAAAACUGAAUGUGCCAGGUGAAGACCAUACUCAGGUCACUGAAGAAACUGAAAUAUAUGAGUCUCAGAAAUCCCAGAGUUUAUUUCCAGUUCCAAGUUAUGCUCAUGUUUCUCUGUCAUCAAAAGAUUUUGAAUUCACAAGUGGUGAUGAUGCUAAUGCUAAAGAUGUCGGAAAUUCUCCUGGUGUUGAAAAUACAGAAGAACAAGAAAUCACAAGUAGUGAUGAUGCUAAUGCUAAAGAUGUCGGAAAUUCUCCUGGUGUUGAAAAUACAGAACAAGAAUUGGUGUCGCAAGAGUGGAAAUACAUUGAUGAAUCAACGAAACAUAGAGAAUUGUUUUUAAAGUUGAUUGAAUAUGGACGCAAUUCCAGUGUUGAGGUUAAAGUGGUGGGUAAUGUACGAGUAAUUUUCUCAGAAGAGUUUUGCAUUGGCAAAGGAAGUGAUGGAACACGUGUUUAUCUUGGACUGGGUAAGGAUGGUUACGGUAAAGCAGUGAAACAAAUACGUCGAGAUUGCUACAGCCAGCUUGCUCUACACGAAAAGAAAAUUUUGAAUAAAUUCAACGCAAGAAAUUCGAAAUAUGUUGUGAAUUAUUCUUUCCUAGAGGAAGAGACUGGAACAGAAUAUGUAUAUUUGAUAUUAGACUUAUGUGAAGAAUCAUUGGAGAGUUUCGUAGAAUCUUCUACUUUACAUGAUCUUCAAAAAGCUCUUCCCGAAAUUCUCAGACAAAUUUUGCAAGGAUUAGCUGAUCUUCAUAGCGGCCUAAAUCCUAUUCUUCAUCGUGAUUUAAAGCCCACCAAUGUUCUUCGAGAUUCACAAGGCAAAUUUCUGAUAGCUGAUUUUGGCAUUAGUCGAAUAUUGAAUAAUGAUUGUACGACAUAUGAAAGCAAGCCUAACACGGGAACUGAGUAUUGGAUUGCUCCUGAAUCAUAUUGUGAAGAUAAAGAUACAGUCGAUAAAGGACGGUACAAGAAAGAGUCUGAUGUAAUGAAUGCAGGAAUGGUAACAUAUUAUAUUGCAACAAAAGGAAAACACCCGUUUGGAACUAAACGGCAUAGAUUGGACAAUAUGUUAAAUGGACUUCCUGUUGGCUUGGACGAAAUCAAGGAUGAAAUACUGAAAAACCUUUUGUUGUGGAUGUUAAACCGAGAACCCGAAGACAGGCCAUCAGCCAAUGAGGCGUUAACACAUCCAUUUCUUAUGUCGGAUGACGAGAAAUUUGACUUAUUAUGUAUAGUUGGAAAUCUUCAGCAAAUUAAGACAAAUGAUUCCCACUCAAUUGUUGUUAAACAAUUGAAUAGCGAGUCCUCAGAUUGGAAAAGUAAAAUAGACAGUGAUGUUUAUGAUUAUUUUAGAACGGACGUGGUGACUGGAAAGAUUUUUACAUAUGACUCUUCAUGGACAGAAUGUUUAAGACUUAUUCGAAAUAUUAACCAACAUUGGAACGAUCGACCACGGCCAAAACCUCAAUCAGAACCAUUUUAUAAGAUUGGCGAUCACAAGGCGUAUAUUCUCAAAAAAUUUCCCAAUCUCACUGUUCGAGUGCAUGCUACUGUGAGGUCCAAUAAAGAAUUGAAAAACAAUCCAGAUCUAAAGAACUUUUUCAAUUUCAGUGAAAAGAAACCACAUCAAAGAUGAACAGUUUUUAAACAGUAAAAACAGUUUGUGAAAAGGCAAGUGAACAGGAAA